AUGACCAUCUGCACGCUUCUUGUUUGGUCAACCCUCAUAGGAUGUAUGCUACUACGCAAAGAAGACCCUGCAAAACGCGCACCACCACCACCACCACCUCAUGUUUCCUUGAACCAAGCAAACGAGAGCAUGGUGAAUGCACUAAAAGCAGUGCAAAAGGCGAGGGAUGACUUCAAAGAGAUGGAAGACACCUCGGCCACCACAAUAGAGGCGCUGUGGCGCUUAAGGCAAGCCGGGAAGGAUAUGCGCGAAAUCCAUCAGGCACUCGUGGAGAUGUCGGACAUAUUCGACCAGCAAGCAGAACGACAGUUGUCCCGCACUUUCCCCAUUAAUUCAGGUGGAGCGAGAUAG